AUGGCACCCAAGCCAACACUCCCAGCCUGUGGCUACAUCGUGGCGGACCUUGGUCUACCUGUAGCAAUGGUCGACGAACUACUAUCUGAGGCCAAGGGUAGGACCUACGAACCUGUUUUUAAGACGGUGGGUGGGGAUGAGGACGACGGUCUUCGUCAACAAUUGCGUGUUAGCCGACGGUCCGCCGCUAUCGCCAAUCUACGCAAUGCUAUUUGUGAUAUCACUGCUUGUCUUGGUCCUGCAUGGAAUCCUACGGUUUUCUUGUUCAUGCUGUCGUUAUCUGGUGGUGAUGAACAAGAACCUCGCCAGGAUUAUCCUAACGAAGUGAUUGCCACCGCGGCCAAGAAGAAGGCAGGGCGUAUACCUGCGAGCGCUAUCUUUGCUCUGGAAGAAGGGACGAUUCUUGGGUGUUCUCUGGCUGCUUCACGACACGAGGCGACACCAAGGCUUGCGAAUUUCGUAUUCCUGUGGGAUACUGCAUAA